AUGGCAGAACCAACUAACACCCCAAUGCCAACGGCACCGCCGACCCCACGCUCCACCUCCCCCGCACUGACGGCCACGCGCCCUGGCAGCAUUAGCAGCAGUAACACCCUGAGUCCCCCUAAAGUGUCGACGUCAACAUCCUUGCCUAUACUGGGGGGUCCUCUAGGGCAUCCGCCACAGAGCAAACCUAUCGUUCUACACAUUGGGGAUCCCAUCAAGUAUAACCCUGAUACCUACGCCGAGCUCACGACUUACUACGAGGUAGUGCGCCCGUCUGCCGAUGAGCGACAGAGGCCCGCCUUCAUCCAGGCUUUGCGCGAGAAGCGCUGGGGCGAUUUCUCUGCCAUCUUUCGUCCUUUCUGGGGUACUGGCGGCGAGAUGGGUCAGUGGGAUGCCGAAUUGGUUUCUCUACUGCCGGAUAGCGUGAGAAUUUUUGCGAGUGCUGGGACUGGCUUCGAUUGGGCCGACACAGAAUUACUGGGUCAAAGAGACAUCAUAUACUGUAAUGGAGGUCUCGCGGCUGCAGAAGCGGUAUCCGACUUCGCCGUGGCCAUGAUCAUUUCGACGUUCCGCGUUUUCCCGUAUUGCAUCACCUCCGCGUUAACAGGGGCCGCUAACUUCCAGGAGUGUCACGACAACGGAACUUCGCGAGCGCAUAAUCUACGCGGUCGCACUCUAGGUCUUGUUGGUCUCGGGAACAUCGGCCAGCAGAUCGCAUUCAAGUGCAGCGCCGCAUUUGGCAUGGACGUCGCGUACUACGACGUCGAGCGGAAAACCGAGGCCCUCGAGGCUGCACUGCAUGCUCGGUAUUGCACUACCUUGGAGGCAUUGAUCCGCGACUCCGAUUGUGUCGUCUUAUGUACGCCUGGGGGCGCUGGACGCAUUAUUAAUAAGGACAGUCUGGCGUGGUUCAAGACCGGCUCGCGCUUUGUGAAUAUCGCACGCGGAUCUCUUGUUGACGAGGAGGCGCUCGCUGAUGCCCUGGACCAGGGCCGCUUGAGUAGCAUUGCGCUCGAUGUGCAUGCCAACGAGCCGAACGUCAACCCUAGAUUACUCGCGUUCUCGGGAAGCAGAGCCAUGCUUACGUGCCACAACGCCGGCGGUACUGUCGAAACACAUAUCGGCUUCGAGGAACUGGCCAUGCGGAACAUUAUAGCGGUGCUGUCUGGCGACAAGCCCAUCACACCUGUCAAUCUGCAGUAUUUAAAGACCAAGGUCGUGGCGUGA